AGUGCAAGCCUAGCAAAGGGUUUCUUCUGUACUCCGCUUCUCUGAGUGCAAGAGAUGGGUGCCAGCUCCCCAGCAGUCUUUGCUUUCACCCUGUGGACCAGCCACCUCUGGCUCCUGGCAGCUGGGCACUCCAGGGUGAACCCCAGACUCAUUGUCCCUUUUCAAGGGGAGAAACGGUUUUCAUAUGAGAAAAGCGAGGCACAGACAGUCUUCUACCAUGAAGAUGAGCACCCUGCUCUUCUUGUUGGAGGAAAGGACAAGCUUUAUUAUUUUGACUUUGAAAACUCAGACAACUAUACGGAGGACUUCUUCCCUGGAAGAGCACCAGAACAGUGUGGUGACCAAGCCAAUUACCUCACAUUCAUUGAAAAGGUCAAUGACAGGAUUCUAGUGUGCGGGACAAAUUCCUGCCAACCCACCUGCUGGCACUGGGAUAAUCGUCAGAAGAGCUUUGCAGGAGAUGGGAGGGGUUUGGCUCCUUUUACUCCCGGUCAGAAUGCUCUCACCCUUGUUGAUGGCACAGACAUCUACUCCACCCACAAGAAGCAUAUGCACAAUGGGAAAAUACCCCGUUUUCGCCGGGCCCGAGGGUCUGGGGAGCUUUACACCAGUGAUACAGCAAUGCAGAACCCGCAGUUCGUCAAGGCCACUGUCAUCAAGCGAGAUGCACCCUACGAUGGCAAAAUCUACUAUUUCUUUCGGGAGGACAACCCCAACAAGAGCCCUGAGGCACCAUUGCUGGUCUCCAGAGUGGCACAGCUGUGUAAGGGAGAUAGAGGGGGCAGUGGUUCCCUCUCUUCUUCCAAGUGGACAACUUUCCUGAAGUCCACGCUGGCCUGUGUUGACCCAGCUACCAAGGGGAACUUCAACAGCCUGCAGGACAUCUUCAUUGUCCCUUCAGAAGAAACCUGGAAGAAAACAAGAGUCUAUGGGCUCUUCACAAACUCCUGGGGGGACUCUGCUGUCUGCAUCUACUCCAUCGGUGACAUUGACCGUGUGUUCCAGACAUCAAAACUCAAAGGCUACAAUGAGCCCCUCCCAAGUUUCCGGCCUGGACAGUGUUCUUCAGAAAGAACUCCUUCCGAGACCUUCAGAAUAGCCGACGGUCACCCUGAGGUGGAGGACAAAGUACAACCCAUCAACCAGAAGAAGGCACCCUUAUUCCACAACAAGUACCACUACGAGAAAAUUGGGGUGCAUGAGGUCCAGGGAGCAGAUGGCCAAAUGUACAACAUCCUGUAUUUGGUGACAGACAAAGGAUAUAUCCACAAAAUGGUGGAGAUGCCACAUGGUGUCCUGAACAUCAUGGAGAUCCAGCCCUUCCAGAACAGAGUUCCUGUCCAGUCCAUGACCCUGGAUCACAUAAGGGCCAAGCUAUACUUGGGCUCAGACACUGAGGUGGUCCAGGUGCCCAUGGACAUGUGCGAAAUGUAUGGCAACAGCUGUGAUGAGUGUGUCCUGGCAAGGGACCCUUACUGCGGAUGGAGUGCUGGGAAAUGCACCUCAGUGUAUAGCAAUCGGUCGUUGCUACAAAAUAUCUCUGCAGAAUCAUCCCAGGACAUAUGCCCCAACUACAAGAAGCUGAAAGGCGAUAGCCGUGAGAGCUACCAUAACGUCACAGUAGCAGUCUUCUCGCGGUACUACCUUCACUGCCCCGUAGAAUCCCACUAUGCUACAUACAAGUGGUUCCACAAUGACAGCUGUGUCCAGACCUGCAACGCCACCCACCAUCCCUGCAUCCACUUCAUUGAGAAUGUGACCCAGGACCAGUAUGGCUGCUACAUUUGUGUGUCAGAGGAGGGCGGGUACACGCAGACUCUUGUGAAGGAAUGCAUGGUGAAACAACCAGAAUCCAUGAAGCUGCAAUGGAAUCAGGCCACCACAACUUCCUGCUGCUCCUUGAUGCUAUUGCUGGAUUUUGUCCUGCUGUUCCUCUUAAGGGACUGAACUGUGUCCUCGCCUACACGUGAUGACUCACUUCUUGAGCUGCUGUUGAGCUCCUUGACUUCUCUCUUGCAAUUCACCUCUAAUGAAGAUGCACUCCUUUCAUUAGUUGCUCUUUGAACAUUAAUCUUAGUACUUUUCAGCCCUUUUCAAUGGAGACUAAAUAUGGGAGCCCUCCUACCCUGGCGGGCUGCCCCUAGAGUCUAUACCCCUCCACUCCAUCCAUGGCAGAACUGUGGAAGGGAGGACAUUUAACAAAGGACUUCCCUCUAGGUUCCAGGUAUGAAGGGAGAUGAUGUUCCCAAAGAGAGAGAGAGAGAGGAGGCAGCAUGUGACCAUCACCA